CCGCUCCAGGCCGGUUAGCAGAGCGCAGAGCGGAGGAGCGGAGCUCAGAUGGAAAUGGCUCUAUCCAGAGGUUUGAGAUGCUGUCAGAGGAUUUUCUCCUGGAUCCCUGUUCUCAUUAUCACCGCUGUCGUGCUGUGGUCUUAUUACGCUUACGUGUUUGUGCUGUGUCUGUUUACAGUCAAUAACAGCCUGGAGAAAGCUGUCUACCUGCUGCUGUUUCAUGUUAGCUUUGGGAUGUUCUCCUGGACAUACUGGAAGUCCAUAUUCACUCCUCCUGCUACACCAUGCAAAAAGUUCCAGCUCUCGUACUCAGACAAGCAGCGGUAUGAGCUGGAGGAGAGACCUGAAGCUCAGAAGCAAAUCCUUGUGGAGAUCGCAAGGAAACUACCCAUAUCCACCCGAGCCCAAUCUGGAGCUAUCAGGUUCUGUGACCGCUGCCAAGUACUGAAGCCUGACCGCUGUCACCACUGUUCCGUUUGUGAAACUUGUGUCUUAAAGAUGGACCAUCACUGUCCCUGGGUUAACAACUGUGUUGGUUUUUCCAACUACAAGUUUUUUCUACUUUUUCUUGCCUACUCCAUGCUGUACUGUGUAUUCAUCGCUGCAACAGUCCUUCAGUAUUUCCUCAGAUUCUGGGUGGGAGACCUUCCAACUGGACCUGCAAAGUUCCACAUACUCUUCCUCAUGUUUGUUGCACUCAUGUUCUUCGUCAGUCUCAUGUUUCUCUUCAGUUAUCACUGCUGGUUGGUGGCCAAGAACAGAUCCACUUUAGAGGCCUUCUCAGCUCCAGUGUUUCCAGGUGGACCAGACAAAAACGGAUUCAAUCUUGGCCUACACAGAAAUCUGCUACAGGUGUUCGGAGAAAACAGAAAACUGUGGUUCAUCCCCGUUUUCACAAGCCAAGGGAACGGCCACUACUUCCCUCUAAGGAGUCAGAGCUCUGAAUCCCCUUUGUUAGCUAACGAGGACAUGUGGGAUGAGUCGGAUGAUGGGUCAGAAGGAAGCUUCGUCGGGGAUGCAGACCCGUCCGUUACCGUGGAGAUGGAGGAUUAACUAACACACACUCGGAUAACGUUGACUUUUAUCACACACACACCUUUAUAUGAACUGUUUUGCGUUCCAAAUCACAAGGAAGUCGGGUCGCGCUGGAGAGGGUGAGUGGACGACAACCAGCAUUCAGAUGUAUUUUAUGCCAGUUUCCCCUUAAAGUUCGACAUAAUAAAGAGGAAAGGCACUGACAUGGAUAACAAACUGCAGUAUGACGUCUCUUGUACAAAAAGUUUUAUUUAGGAAGAGAACUUGUUACCUCAGUAAAACCGACGUUAUUUAUUCUUAUUGCGUUUUGUUGGUAAGGAAGCUAGAAGGUGCGAUUUUAUUUUACAUGCCUGCGUUCCUAGCAGCGUAGUUUACAUCAUUGCACCUUAGGUAUCCUUCUUUGAAGGAUGUGGUGUUAAAACUCCCACCCUGAGGCCUGCGGAGGUCUAACCCAGCUGUCCAGCUUGUCACUUUGACGUUACUCCAGUGUAAUAGCAUCAGUUUUACUAUUCAAAGGUUAUUAGAAGGUCCAGCUUAACCUGUGCCUCACAGAAGUAUUUCCUGUGCAUUUGGGAGAAAUUUCUCCUGAGAAUGUAACCAGCUAACCGUCCUUUGCUAUUAAAGCGUUAAGUAAAGUGAAUUACAUAUGUCGUACUGAAAAGCAUGGGUUAAACUCAGAUUUAGUUUCUUACAGGGUUUUAUUGUAAGCAGAUUUUUUUCUUAUUUUAGAGGGAAGUAAUAUCCUGUAUAUCAUGACUUGAACGCUGUCGGCUAAAAACUGGGGUGUGUUUAUUGGACAUGCCUGUUAUGAUUAUCUUCUGUCUUAUCAGAUAUCCUGUCAAAUUAUUGUACAUAUUUAUUAAAGUUGUCCUCACAGACUGUUAGAGGAUGAUGACCUUUUACAUUAUGAUUUUUUUUUUUUUUACUUCGUUUUUCACUCAGAAUUAUUUUAAUAUUUUUGAAAACCUGUCUUGUAUAUUAGGCUUAAUUUCUGUGUCUAAACCGUAUUUAUUUAUUACGUUUGGCCUUUAUUAAACUUUGCUGUUGGAUCUGGACAUUUUGAAAUGCUUCCCAGCUCCUUAACACAUAUCCAAUGCUGCUCCACAUAAAUUAUUCAUGUCUUUUCUGUACUAUGUUUAAAGACAAAUGUUAAUAUUAUCGUAUAGUCAUGCCUAUUUAUUGUUAAUCUUUUCCUGUAUAUUGGUUCACUGAUUUAUACCUGCUGCAGGUAGUGUCUGGAUAUUUUGUU